CUUCCAAUUUUCAUUAUCAUUUUCUUUUACUCAUCUCCAUUUUAAACACACCCACUUCGUUCUUGUUUCUUUUUUUCUUCUUCUACUCUGCUUCAUCCUCUUCUUCCUCUUCUUUCUUUUCCUUUGCUUUGGUUUUCAUAUUUUUACCGUUUUCCUUUUCUUUACAUGUAAAAGAUGGUUAACACAGAUGCCGUUAGAACAGUUGUAGGGAUCCUAGGAAAUGUGAUCUCUUUCGGGUUAUUUCUCUCCCCAUCGCCAACAAUUUCAACAAUAAUAAAGCAUAAAUCAGUACAAGAUUUCAAGCCAGAUCCAUACGUAGCAACUGUACUGAAUUGUGCAAUGUGGGUACUGUAUGGCCUUCCUAUGGUCCAUCCAGAUAGUAUUCUUGUCAUAACUAUCAACGGCAUUGGUUUCGUUAUCGAAUUCAUCUAUGUUUCCAUCUUCUUUAUCUACUCAUCAUGGGCAAAUCGACGAAAGAUCCUCAUUAUUUUGGCGAUUGAAGCUGUUUUUGUGACGAUUAUCGCUGUUGUUACGUUGAAUGCUUUCCAUAACACCGAUGAUCGAUCAAUGUUUGUUGGAAUACUGGCAAUUAUCUUCAAUGUAAUUAUGUAUGCUUCACCAUUGACAGUCAUGCGUAUGGUUAUCAAGACAAAGAGUGUGAAGUACAUGCCAUUCUUUCUCUCACUAGCUAACUUUUGUAAUGGAGUCGUUUGGGUUGUCUAUGCUCUUCUUAAAUUUGAUCAAUACAUCUUGAUUCCCAAUGCAUUAGGGACAGGCUCAGGAUUGAUUCAACUGAUUCUUUAUGCAACUUACUACAAGACAACACAGUGGGAUGAAGAUGAAAAGCCUAGAUCUGAGGUCCAACUCUCCAAUGCUUAAAGAAAGGGCAAAACCAUCUUGCUGAUUUCAAUGCUGAUCAUGAUCAUUUCUCUGAGGCCCUAUAGCUCUUUUAUAUCUGCAUGCAAAAUACUCAUUUUCCCCUUUAUUAAAAAAAAAAAAAAAAUUCUUGUUUUCCAAUGCAUGCAUGUAUGUUAUAUAUUUGGUCCAUUUCAUGCUUCUUUCCAUGAAAAUAAUAAUAAUAAUAAAUAAACCCAAAAAACGAAGAAGGACCACAUGAUGAAAAAACAUUUUCUACUCAAUACCUACCACAAGAAAAGAAAAAAUCAAAACAAAAUUAAAUUAUGUUGGUAAGUAUAUUUUUCUUGCCUUUACAUUUUUUUAUUUUUUUUCACUGUUGGGGCGGGGUUUGAAGUAGUAUGAUGGUAAGUAUAAGAAGAGAGGGGGGGCGAGGGAAAGCUUCAUAUUGGGACUGUAUUAAUGCCAAUGGCUAUUUAUGGAAUUUUUCACCAUGUAAAAGUUGGUCACAUCUGGAUUUCGGCAUUUUUGUUUGUAUUUCUAAUUUCUUAUCAAUCAUGGAAUACAAUUAUUUUGUUUUA